GUUACAUAUUACAAUGAUAGCAGCGAAUUUACUUAGAAAGAAACCUAUGUGUAUACGUAAACAAUUAGAAAAAUGUUCUUCGAAAUUUUCAAAAUAGCAUUACUUUUAGAUAUUUUGGUGGUAAAAGCCAUUAAUUAUUAUUAUACAGCUGCAGUCUUCGAAUAUCAUACGGAGAAUUAUGAGAAAGAUCCCAUUUUAGUAACUGCCUUCAAGAAUUUGCGCGUUUACCGAAAGGUCACCGUAUUAGCGGCUCUAAAUGAAGCGGAUAUAAUAGUCUUUCCUGAGUACGGUUUAUAUCCUUUCGUCUCGAGAGAAAAAUUUAAAAUCGUAGCCCAAGACAUUCCCGAUCCGAAAUACGUCCAUUGGAACCCUUGUGUUAAUUCAUUAAAUUAUCAGAAUAUCUCCAUUGCCAAAGAACUCAGUUGUAUGGCAAGACAAUCAAACAUAUACUUGGUGGCUAAUAUAAUAUCUGUAGUAAGUUGCAAAUCCGAGAGCCAUUGUCCUUCUGAUAAUAUUUUUUUGUAUAAUACUAAUGUGGUUUUUGAUCGCAGAGGUUACUUAGUUGCACGUUACCGUAAAUUCCACGUAUACAAAGAAACCGGCAUCGAUAAGCCUCGAAAAUCAGAAUUUGUAAUUUUCAAAACGGAUUUUGGCACAUUCGGAACGUUUAUCUGUUAUGAUCUGAAUUGGAUUCAAGCUGUUGAACUGUUACAAAAAUUUAAAAUAGAUACUAUAGUUUAUACUGCUUGGUGGGGAGGAGAACUUCCAUCUCUUAUUUCUAUCCAGAGAUACUUUUCUUGGGCCGCACAUUUUAAUGUCAAUAUGUUAGCUUCUAACAAGAACAUUCCCUCUACUGGAACGACUGGAAGUGGAAUAUUUAGAGGCGCAUCUAGUGAUUCAUAUAUUUAUAACCCGAAUGGAAAAAAUAGGCUAAUUUUGGCUAAGGUUGCUCGACGGGGAACGAAAAUCCCCGUAAACGAUACUUUCAAGAUUUUUGAAUUUGGAAAUAAUCAUUCUGGCAACAAUCUCUCAUCGGGUAUUUGUUCCAUCAAAAUUCUAGGUCCUCCUAAAAACGAAUUUGAUUAUCGCUGUAAUGAAGAAGAUCUCUCCGAUUACACUUUAAUGAAAUUACAUAAAAUAAUCGGAAGCAUUACAGCUUGUAACAAUGGUUUAUGCUGUAAACUUACAUACAAAAUAACGAAUUUUCAUAGAGAAGAAUAUUAUUUAGCUGUCCGAAAUGAUACUUUUAAAUUAGAAGGCACACCCGUUUGUGUAGAGACGUGUAUGAUGGUAAGGUGUGAUUCUUAUGGAGGAAAAAGGUGUUCUGUUUUUCCUACUGCAGCUAAGACAGUAUUCGAAGAAGUAAGCAUAAAAGCGAAUUUUUCAACUGUAUACAUCUACCCUAAUAUUUUGACUUCGGGUGUUCAGCUAAUGAAUUUAUCCCAAUGGCACUUCAAUGAUAAUAGUAUUUUGUUGAAAAAUACAACGGAUAAACCUCUUUUAACAGUAUCUCUGUUUGGGAGAUGUUACAGUAGAGAUCUGCCUAAUCAAUAUAAUGUUCAUUUCAACAAAGCGACAUACAAAUAUAAAUAAACAUGCAGACUAUUAAAUACGCCUAGAAAAAUUUCUCAAUCAUUUAUCUCAAGUAGAAAAUGUUAUCAAAAAGAUUUAAUGUUGAAGUGAAAGUAAGAAAUAGUCUGCUUAUCCUAUUUUGUCAGGUGACUAAGAUAAGCAAGAUUUGUACUAAAUUAUUAUCC